UCUGUCCUUUGUUUCCUUCCUUCACUCUAUCUCCAUCAACAGUGAUUCUUUCUCUCUCUAUAGAGCGUCUCUCGCAGUGACGCUGAGGAGCAGGAGCGCUUCCAGAUCUGCAGCCACGAAGCUCGUGAAUUCCGCAGCUCCGAGGACGAUCUGGCUAGAUUGUGGGAGUGACGUGAAUGGCGGUGGCGAGUGGUCGGGACCCUCUUCUCGGGGAAAUCACUUGCGGUUCAUUGUUGCAGAAACUGCAGGGAAUAUGGGAUGAAGUUGGUGAAAGCGAUGAGGAGCGGGAUAAGUUGCUCCUUCAGAUAGAGCAGGAAUGUUUAGAUGUGUACAAGAGAAAUGUUGACCAGGCUGACAAGUCAAGGGCUCAACUUCUUCAGGCUCCAGAUGCCAAACUCGAGCUCACCAGUCUUCUAUCAGCUCUCGGAGAGAAAAGUGUGGUUGGAAUUCCUGAUAAAGCUUGAACAAUCAAGGAACAACUUGCAUCGAUUGCACCGGCACUUGAGCAGCUUUGGAAACAGAAAGAGGAAAGACUUAAGGAAUUCUCCAAUGUGCAGUCUCAGAUUCAGAGGAUAUGUGGUGAAAUUGCUGGAAACUUGAGCCUCACAGAGCAACCUCCUGAAGUUGAUGAAGCGGAUCUAUCACUGAAGAAGCUAAAUGAGUAUCAAGCCCAACUCCAAGAACUUCAAAAGGAGAAGAGUGAUAGGUUGCACAAAGUACUUGAAUUUGUGAGCACUGUGCAUGAUCUAUGUUCGGUCCUGGGGAUGGAUUUCUUCAGUUCAAUUACAGAAGUUCACCCUAGCUUAAAUGAAUCCGCCAGUGCACAAUCGAAAAGCAUUAGCAAUGAGACACUAUCCAGGCUGGCUAAGACAGUAUUAGCUCUUAAAGAAGAUAAGAAGCAGAGGCUGCAUAAGCUUCAAGAAUUAGCCACCCAGCUAAUAGAUCUAUGGAAUCUCAUGGAUACUUCUGAAGAAGCUCGACUGUUUGACCAUGUGACCUGCAACAUCUCAGCUUCUGUUGAUGAAGUAACUGCCUCUGGUGCUCUUGCUAUGGAUCUGAUUGAGCAGGCCGAGGUGGAAGUCGAAAGGCUUGAUCAGCUUAAAGCUAGCAGGAUGCAGGAAAUUGCAUUUAAGAAACAAGCUGAGCUUGAAGAAAUAUUUGCUCGUGCACACGUAGAAAUAGAUCCUGAGGCCGCUAGAGAAAAAAUUAUGGCUCUCAUAGAGUCUGGGAAUGUCGAGCCUGCUGAAUUAAUAACGGACUUGGACAAUCAGAUUGUAAAAGCACGGGAAGAAGCUCUCAGCAGGAAAGAAAUAUUGGACAAGGGAAAAUGGAUGUCAGCCUGUGAAGAGGAGAGUUGGCUCGAAGACUAUAGCCGGGAUGAUAACAGGUACAAUGCUAGCAGAGGUGCACACUUAAAUCUCAAGCGUGAAAAAGCCCGGAUCCUUGUCAACAAAAUUCCUGCUUUGGUUGAUUCCUUGGUUGCAAAAACUAGAGCAUGGGAGGAAGAUCAUGGCAUGUCAUUCACAUAUGAUGGGGUUCCUCUCCUUGCCAUGCUUGAUGAAUAUACCAUGCUGAGGCAUGAAAGAGAGGAGGAGAAGCGGCGCUUGAGAGACCAGAAGAAGUACCAUGAGCAGCAGAGCACAGAACAAGAGGCGAUUUUCGGUUCAAAACCAAGCCCUGCAAGACCAGUCGGAACAAAGAAGGUUGUAGGCCCUCGUGCAAAUGGAGGUGCCAACGGAACUCCUAGCAGACGACUAUCUCUGAAUCCGCAAAAUGGUAGCAGGUCGAAUUCUAAGGGCAAAAGGGAUGCCAGGCUAUCUGCCCCUGCUAACUAUGUUGCCAUGACGAAGGAAGAUUCUGCUUCGCAUGUUUCUGGCACUGAACCGGUUCCACCAUCUCCCUAGUCAUAGAUAUUCGUAGACUUGUUCACCAUAUUUAUUAUCGUUGUGCCAAUCUCUUUAGCUAGGAUGUGAUAUGUGUAAUAUUAGCGAGUGACUUCGAGAGGACUCUGUUAUAGAGCUGCGAAUUAUAAUGGCAUCUUAAAUUUUUUCAUUUGUGGUCACAUUUUGCAGGAUACAAUAUUCUAGUCAUAACAAUUCAUUAGUCCUUGUUCAGUUGGCACUGCCAAGAAAUUAGUCUAUGCAUGUAAACAUCAAUACGUGAUUGUGGGUACUAGUAGCAUUUUACUUA